AUGGUACGCCAACGCAUCACCAUGCACCUCCUCAUCUACAGCACCUGCGUCUGCGUUACCAACACCAACAGCAGUUGCAGUGGAAACCGAUUGGGAAGCACACCCCCCCUCUUCUGUUGUUCGCCUUGUUGCGCGUCGACUGCCGCUUCUGCUGGUGCCGCCGCCCCGCGUUGUCCUGUCGUCAAUGAUUUCCGCCUCUGUGAUGGUGGCGGCGAAGACAGACGACCUAGCAGCAGCAGCAGCAGAAGCGCCAGUGACACAAUCGCUAGGUGGCGACACCAUGCGCAGUGGUGGUGGGGCGAUGGUGUUCUCCGGCUUGAUUGGCUCGCCUGGCAUCGGGGCGUAACGUCCCUGCCGCCGCGCACUCUCCGCGUGUUUCUGCUGCAUCGACGGCAGACGGAAGAGCGGCACGCCGAGUGCGUCACACACCCGCUCCGCAUGCAUGGCAGCCAGCAGCUCCGCGUCCUUCUCGUCCUCACCAACGCCCUCCGCCACGUAGAAGUGGUGCGGUGGCGGAAGCAACAGUUUGCACCGGGCGCGGUAGACUGUCUUGCCCAUCAUCUGCUCCGUGCUCACCUCGAAGACGCCAGCGGACUGAUUGCCGGUGCGACGGAUGUAAUUCAGAACGCGGCUCUUGGAGAAGUUGUCAAUGCUCGUGACAUCCCAGUAAUGCUGCUGCUGUAG